GGCAAUUUUGACGCUCUCGCCGCUACCGGUGUGAACGUACAGUAAGGGGUUGGCAGCGAGCAGUGAGAACUCCGGUUCGAAACUCGCUCGCUCUCUGACCCAUGUAACAUCUAAUACAUAACGCAGCAAAGACCCACCCGUUACACUCACAAACCAGUCUGCCCUGAAGAGGUAAGGGAUUCCUACUAAACGAAAUUCAGUGAGUUCAAACGGGCAAAGGCGUUCCAUUUCCCUCACCGCGUCAAGUCCCUGUCUCUGUCUCUUCGAUGGAAUUGAGGAAAGAGGCGCGAGGAUUCACGGAGAAAGCAUUGGGACGCAGGUGUCUGAGAUACACACCCAAAACAUCACCCUCCCCCUUCCUUUCAGUGUUUUUCAAGUUUCAACAGUCACUCUCCAGAGUCUUUCUUCAGAUGAAAUGGGGGAUGACCGACCUUUUGUGUGCCACACCCCAGGGUGUGGGCAGGGAUUUACCAGUGAAGACCACCUUGCUGUCCACAAGCACAAACAUGAGAUGACCCUAAAAUUUGGACCUGCCAGAACUGACUCUGUCAUAAUUGCAGACCAAACCCCCACACCCACCCGCUUCCUGAAGAACUGCGAGGAGGUGGGGCUGUUCAAUGAGCUGGCCAACUCAUUUGAGCAGGAGUUCCACAAGGCCCAGGAGGAUGACGAGAGUAAGACGGCCAAAAACCCGUCGCUGGCACUGCAGAUCCCCUCAGCGGUGAAAGUGAAGGAGGAGGAGCCAGUGGAGCUCGACUCCUCUCCCCCAGGGAGCCCAGAAUCCAUUUCCAGCAUUUGUGACACUGGCGGGAUACCCAAGGAGGCUCCCCAGCAUCCAUCGGCGAGUUCAGCACCCACUCCCACCAUUGUGCGCCCAGGUUCUCUGCCUCUGCAUCUCGGGUAUGACCUGCUGCAUCCCACCCUGCCCUCCCCUACCUCCGUUAUCACACAGACCCCUCCCUCCGGUCGCCAGCUGGGCUCUCCCACAGGCUUAUACCCUAUGAUGAUGCACUUUCCUCCUGGGCAGGCAGUACCCCUGCUCCCCAGCCUGGGACAGAUGGCCUCAGUCAUAUCCCUUGCUCGGCCAGCAUGCACGGUGUCCAGCAUUCCGGACAUCCCUGGCCCUCCCCUGGGUGGCGACAGCAGCGUUUCCUCCUCCCUCAUUGGACACAGCUCCCAUUCCGAGGCUAAGAUGAGGCUGAAGGCGGCGCUGUCCCACCUGGUCCCUGUAGCUGUGAAUGGCAGUGGCAUGGCUGUUGGCUCCAGCUCCAUGGUGCCUCAGAGGCAGGAGCAGAGUCAGCAGUGUGACACGCCCUCACCUACACAACCACAGGUCUCCCCAGCCCAGCCCACAGGGGGUCGGCGGCGGAGGGCAGCAGACGAUGACCCAGACGAGCGGAGGCAGCGUUUCUUGGAGAGGAACAGGGCUGCUGCCUCCCGGUGUCGACAGAAACGCAAGAUCUGGGUCAAUUCCCUCGAGAAGAAAGCUGAAGAGCUCGCCUCCAUUAAUGUCUCUCUGACAAGUGAGGUGAUGCUGUUGCGGAAUGAGGUGGCCCAUCUAAAGCAGCUGCUGCUAGCCCACAAGGACUGCCCUGUCACCACUCUGCAAAAGGCUGCCUGCCUAGGAGAGGAGAGCCCUAAAGACAUCUCUGAGCCCAAGGGCUCUCCAGCUCCUGUCAUCCAGCACAGCUCCCAGGCCCCUAGCCCAUUGGGAAGACCAAAUGGACUGAGCAAGCAAGCAGCUCCAGAGGUGGUGGCCAUGUCUGUAAUGGCAGGCAUGGGUAGCCAGCAAAGAGAAAUUGAACCAUCCCAUGUUAUCAUGGCCUCACAGUCACAGACGGCCACCAGAUGAUGGGUGUGCCCUGGAACUCUUAAAUGAUUGGAGACAGAAGCGGGACAGAGGAACAAGAUGAGGCAGAUCCCCUACAAAUGUAAACAGUUUUCCCUCCUGCAUGCCCAUUCUCUUGAUAUUCAGGUACAAUCUGGAAAAGAACCAUUUUCCACUGACUACAGGGACUGUGCUCUGCCCCACAUAAUCCUCCUGACCCAGCUGUUACGUAAUCUCCUCAGACAGCAUGACCUCAUCAUCUGUCCUGAGGGCACAUUCCUCCCUACUGACAUACUGUAACAUGCACAUGCAUACACAAACACACAGUACUUUGAGCAGAUUUUUAUGUCUCACACUGACAGCCUUUUGAAACACAUACACACUUUUGAAAUGGAUAUGGAAGAUUACCUCUAGUAUGUGGCAAUAUUUUACUGGCAAAUUCCCAGGUAUCAUUUGUUUUAAAGCUCCUAAAAAUGAGAUUGACUGAUCAGUAAACCAAGCAACCUCAGGCCCUUUUGUGGAAAAAAUGACUUCUGUUUCAGUAAGUAAUAUGAAGGGUUGAUGUAAAGGCCAUACUUUUCCCUCAUUUACCAUUUUAUCUUGGCUGACACUGACACCCAACUUCACCUCACCUCAGGCACCUCAUGCCAAUGGGUGCUCCCCUCAGCACUAGCUGUCCUCCUUUGAUUCUCAUUAAUGAGACUCACUGACUCAGCGACGGAAGGGUUUGAGCCAUGAGGAGGCGUUCAUAAUUAGAGACUCAAAAGCUAAAUUUGUUGUGCAAAUACAAUACAAUAUCGCUUGUUAGCGAUUACCAGGAUAAGUCAUUACAUUGAUUAUUUCAAGUAAGAAAAAGGGAGAGGCUUAGUGUAAUCGGAUGCUGCAUGAAUUUUGGCAUGAUUAUGGUACAUGCAUAAUAGUAUACAUAGUAGAUAACUAGCUUUUACUGUUUAUGCCACUUUUUACAUUAUGUAAUGGCUGUACCAUACAUGAAUUCUAUCCAUGACAUUUUUGCAACACUAGAAAGUGAUGUUAGUCACUGUUCCAUCAUGAAAAUCCCCAGCCAGUAAUGCGUGUCAGAUAGUUAAUUGCUUAGGUGGUUAUUACUAUGAGUUACUGUUUUUGCUGACUGUACCUGUGUAAUAGCAGGGUCUUGUUGCAGCUUUUAUCAUUUGGACAAAACUAAAAUAGUUCAACCAUCACAACAAUUUUUUUUUUAAAUUCCAUCACUAUACAUCGCAAAGUUACAGUGACCCUCUUAACUUCAUGGCCCCUUCACCUUCAGGGCUGUUUCAUGGCUCUUUUUUAUUUCACGUGGUAAGUGGCAUUCAUCUGUCAUCACUUUAAGCUGCUGUUUAUAAAUGUAUUACAGCUAGCUCAACAAUAGUCUGUUUAGAAAGUAUUAAUACACAAAUGGAACUUUUUUGGUCAAUGAGCAAAAUCAAAGCCUUCAAUCACAUGUAAUGCAAAAAAAAAUGACUCAAAGUGCUGAAUAUUGUGAUGUACUCAAGGAUAUUUUUGUUUUUAAGAUCAAUUCCAAUAACAAGCAGCAUUUGCUAAGUUUCAUGUUGCAAUGCAACAUUUGUAGCUUCCAGGUGCAUUUUCAAUAUUUUUCAGACUGGUUACUUAAAAGCAAAAUGUGACCAGCAGAAGCCAGAUAAGGCAGGAUUUUAUCAGAGUGUAAUCAGUCUUAGAGAUAUUUGUCAACCUCUAAUGAAGAUUCCUAUGUAGUUAAUGUUACUACAUGGCUGUAUGUUGAUCAGUAUCUGACAGUAUACUCCUAUAUGCAGAUGCACUAACCCCUGAAUUUAUAAGCGUGCAGCUUUAUUGUAGCUAAUACAAUACAGACACAGAGGGUAAUGCUGCGGCAAAUGAAAAUAUUGAUUACUCUGUUCCAGUAUUUAAAGGCUCAUGUUUUAAAAUUGCCUGAAUUUCUUCAUUUGUGUAGUAUGGUGUCUUGCAACCAUUUUGUUUGAAUACAUUAAAUGACUUGCUUAUCAUACUGCUGCACUUGCACAGAUAACAGAGCAUUUCAGUCAAUGAGUUGAGAAGGAGAGUUGAGUGUGAUUCCCAUGUUGAAUGACUUUGUUGAGUCUCAGUGAAGCAGCUGCUGAGACCCUGGUGUUCAUUUUGUGCCAGUUUCAGUAAUAAGCAGUAAUAACAGUGUUAAAAGUACAUAUCAUGUGCACAACUGUAUAUCAGCAAAUUAAAUAAACAUCUAGCUAGUAAAUGCAGCUAACCCCUCACAGCUCUUUAACUAACAGGGACACACACAACUUUUAUUUUGGUCACACAUGAAUCCUGCUUUCUGACCAAGUCACACUAAAAGCCACACUCCCUGAUAAAACAUCUCUGUGCAGUAUUUAACAAAUAAUUAAUAGCCUUAAGAAAUAAUUAUCACAAUUGAACUGAGUGCUAACAUCUCAUACUCUGCCAAGUCACAAUCGAACUAAGAGCUAACAUCCCAUACUUUGAUAGGAUACAAUGGAAAGAAGUUAACUAAUUUGGCUAGCUGUUGUAAUUUUCCAUGUUUUUGUAGAGAUUUGAACAGUACUUUCAUUUAGAUACACAUAAUUGCAAAGUCCUUCAGUCCUUUCAAAUGGUAUUCUAAAGUACUGAACUGCAAAAAGGCAGAUCAACAAAUUCAUUACAGUCCUUAUGUUUUGUUUGGUUGGUUAUGAAUAAUUUGAUUAGGUGUCACUAUUCCCAAAUCUCUCAGUGCUUUCCACAGAAAUUUAAUCUCUGUCAAAAUGCCUUAAAACUCACACUAGUGCCUCCUGCUCCUCUGAGAUGACUGGCAGAGUUGCUGGGGAAUCAGAGCUUGGCUUGGCUUGACUACCAUCCUAGUCUGGAUCAGACAUUCUGUAAGAAGAAAGUUAUGCAUCUAUCCUUCAGCCUUAUUCGUCCAGAGAUCACUAACCCCCAACCCUCUGACUCUAUUAUUUCCUGUUGAAAAACAACACAAGGAACGUUUAUUACUUCAACGUACAUGCACUGUCCACUUCAUAAAGGAAAGGAACUUAAAUAGUCCAAACAUGGGUAUUACAAAUAUCUAUGAGCUUUUUGAACAGAGAUUUGUAUGUUGAUUUUAUUCAGGGAAUAGUGAUCAUUUUCUGUUAUUUUCUAUUCACUUA